AUGGAUGCUGUCAACAAACAGAGUGGAGGGGUAUUUUUCUUGCAUGGUUACGGAGGGACUGGUAAAAAAUUUAUGUGGAGAACAUCAUCAAGUGCACUUUUUUCUCGAAAAAAAAUUGUUCUUACUGUUUCUUCAAGUGGGAUAGCUUCGUUAUUAUUGUCGGGUGGAAGAACAGCACACUCAAAGUUCAAAAUACCUGCGCCAACGCUUGACAACUCAACUUGCAACAUCGACAAAGACACCGAACAUUCUCAAUUAUUUGAAGCAACGAAUGUGAUAAUAUGGGAUGAAGCACCUUUGUCUCAUAAGAACUGCUUCGAAGCAUUGGAUCAAACCUUUAAAGAUGUAAUGAGCAAAAAGGGUGUAGAGAAUACUAUUUUUGGUUUUAACACUAUAAAAAAUAUGAGACUUCAAGAGGGAAGAGACAACACAAGUUCUAAUGAACUAGCGGAAUUUUCAAAAUGGAUUUUAAAUGUGGGGGAUGGUAAUAUUUGUGAACCCAAUGAUGGUUUGGUUGAGAUUGAAAUUCCUCAAGAGCUAUUAAUAUCAAAUUUUGAUGAUCCUAUAAGAGCAAUUGUUGAAAACACAUAUCCCAAUUUAUUGGAAAAAUACCAAGAUGUUGAAUUCUUACAAGGAAAGGCUAUUCUUACUUCAACCAUUGAAGUUGUGGACAAAAUCAAUCAUUAUGUAUUAUACUUGAUACUAGGGCUUCCCAAUCAUAAGAUCAAAUUGAAGGUUGGUACACCUAUUAUGCUAAUGAGAAAUUUGGACCAAGCCGAUGGGUUGUGCAAUGAAACAAGAUUAAUUGUUACAAAGUUUGCAAAUCAUGUCAUUGAGAGAAAUAUUAUGUCUGGAAAGAACAUAGGUAACAUUUUUUACAUUCCACGAAUGUCUAUGUCACCUUCUGAUUCACCUUGGCCAUUCAAUUUGAUUAGAAGACCAUUUUCGAUUAUUGUCUCCCAUGCAAUGACAAUUAAUAAGUCACAAGAUCAAUCUCUUGAUAGUGUUGGAUUGUAUUUGCCUACUCCUGUGUUUAGUCAUGGUCAAUUAUAUGUUGCAAUUUCAAGAGUUAAGAGCAAAAGUGGGCUGAAAAUCCUAAUUCAUGACAAGAAGAAUGUACUGUGUUCCACUACUACUAAUGUUGUGUACAAGGAAGUCUUUCAAGCACUUUGA